AUGCAUCUCCCGCGCAUCGUCGUCGGCCUCGCGGCCCUCCUGGCCCCCCUUGCCGCGGCUUUCAAACAACGCGACCUCAUCGACCCCAGCGAACUUGGCCUCUUUAGAGAAUUUGAAGCCCGGCUGGCCGAUAACCACGAGUUCACCAAGGUUUCCCUUAUCCAAGGCGGCCGCCUUGUCCGGUUUGAUGUCUACAGCCCGUCUAGCGCCGGCUCACGGCGGAUUGGCUUUAAGGAUUUCAGAGCCAGCAAGAACGCCGCGCAGAUUCUCAACCGUGGCCAUCGCAGGUCGAUCGUCCUUCCUCGGCAAGAAUAG